UUCAUUCACUAACACACAGCCAGAGACCGAGAGAGACACAGAGAGAAACAGAGAGAAGGAGAGAAGGACAGAGAGAGAAGUUAAAGCUUUGCGUUACUGGAACCAAACCCAGCUGAAGUCCGGACCCUUUCCACUGAGCGCGCAGCGUCACUGCACCGAGCUGGAUGUUCAGUCUGGGUUCAGCUUUUUCUUGCUUUUCUAUAAAAAACAGAGAUUGUUAUAUAAGCGAAAGAAGAGCGUCAGUGGGGCUGCAGUUUACUCACAGGCGCGCGUUGAGUCAUUGAGAAACGCGCACGCAGACGCAUGAAUGGACGGAUACGGAGCGAGUCUCGACUUCACGCUUUAACAACAAUUUCUCUUUUUUUGUGCAUUUCUUGAUCAGAACCGAAGUUCUAUUAUUUUUAAAAUAAAUAUAUAUAAUUACUAUUAUUAUUUUUUACGCGUAUGCUCCGGCGUGGCCUGGUGACAAGCAGCGGCCUCUGGACCUACGACAUAUCGCACUCCGGCCCCCGGUAACGGAAACCCCGAUGCUCGAUAAGUUCCGGCCCGCGCAGCUCGACACGGUAAUGGCGAUCAGCAAGAGCGUGGCGUGGCUCAGGGAGCAGCUGGAGACGCGCCGCGAGCGUCUGCUCGUGAUGGACUGCCGCGCGCGAGAACUCUACGACUCGUCGCACGUCGAGGCGGCCAUCAACGUGGCCAUCCCGAGUCUCAUGCUGCGGCGACUCAAGAAGGGCAACCUGCCCGUCAAGUCGCUGCUGUCCGACGGACAGGAUCGCGAGAGGUUCGCGCGGCGCUGCAGGACCGACACUAUCGUGCUGUACGACGAGUGCAGUCGCGAGUGGAACGAGAACGUGGACGGCGGCUCGGUGCUCGGUUUACUGCUACGGAGGAUGAAGGACGAAGGAUACAAAGCCUUUUACCUUGAAGGCGGUUUCAGCAAGUUCCAGUCCGAGUGUCCUGCGCUCUGCGAGACCAACCUGGACGGUUCGUGCGGUGGAAGCGGCUCUCCCACGUCACAUGUUCUGGGGCUCGGUGGCCUGCGCAUCAGCUCUGAUUCAUCAGACAUUGAGUCGGAUGCGGACCGUGAGCCCGGCAGCGCCACCGACUCAGACGGCAGCCCUGCGUCAAACCCGCAGCCGUCAUUCCCAGUUGAGAUCCUGCCACAUCUGUACCUAGGAUGUGCAAAGGACUCCACCAACCUGGACGUGCUGGAGGAGUUCGGCAUCAAGUACAUCCUGAACGUGACCCCGAACCUGCCCAACCUUUUCGAAAACGCAGGAGAAUUCAAGUACAAACAGAUCCCUAUAUCGGACCACUGGAGCCAGAACCUGUCACAGUUCUUCCCAGAGGCCAUCAGCUUCAUCGACGAGGCUCGAGGUCAGAAGUGUGGCGUCCUCGUGCACUGUCUCGCCGGUAUUAGCCGCUCCGUCACGGUGACCGUGGCCUAUCUGAUGCAGAAGCUCAACCUGUCCAUGAAUGACGCCUACGACAUUGUCAAGAUGAAAAAAUCGAACAUCUCGCCCAACUUUAACUUCAUGGGGCAGCUGUUGGACUUUGAGCGCACGCUCGGGCUCCAGAGCCCGUGCGACAACCGAGCUUCGGCGCCUUCGCAGCCGCUCUACUUCAGCACGCCCACCAAUCACAAUGUCUUCCAGCUCGACCCGCUCGAGUCCACGUGAGACGAGGAGCAAGCUGCAGAAGGUGCCUGACCAUCCAAAUGUGGCUUUCUGUCUUUUUCCUCUCUUAACCAGAAGAGGGUUUUCCGGACGUUUUUGACGCAGCUGGCGCAAGAUGCCAACUGUUGCAAGUUAGCCAAUGACGCGGCAAUGCGCUUUGGCCUGAAGCGGAAAGGCAGCUGCUGUAUUAUUGGGACGGAGUAACGCAGCUCUGUAUCUCUCUCAGACUCUGUAAGGUAGUUCCUGCUUUCUAUCUUCGUACUCAAGCAUGUGAAGACUGUCAUAAUGAGGAACUUCUGGCGUGCCAAAGAGACUGGAAAAGGACAGUUAUAUGGACAAGUAAAAGAAGUAACGAGAGACUUGUUUGAAUUCGUUUUUUUUUCUAGCACUUGCACCUUCGUGUUUUUUCGGGUGUGCUCUUCUUGUCUUCAGUGAAGACUUGCCUGUUUUUGGGGAUUUAAAAAAUGACGAAACACCCUCGUUGACGACGGCACAGUAUCGUGUACUCCAGUUUGUUUGUGUGGAGACACUUUUGAAUUGUUUAUACUUGUGUAUAUUCAGGACGUUGUUAUUAUAAUCACGGUUACCUGUUACUACAAAAAAACAGGUGCCGAAUCUUUUUGUCUUCUUUUGUCAUCUAAACUGAAUAUUGAUCAAUAUAAUCUAUGAGUUAAAUGCCAAAAAAGAAACUGAAUAGAUUUUGUGAGAUGAUAAAUGUGUAUAAUGUAAUAUAUUUCUUUUCUUUGCUUUAUGAACAAGCCUUUAUCAGCCUUUUCUUACGCAUCCUUCUGCCCUCUGAGUCACCUUGUUCCCCUGACUUAGGUCUUCUGUACAUAGGAGUAUCAUUGUGCAUUAACUUCUCCAAGCAAUUCCUCAUUACUCUUCUUCUCUGUCACCGGCUGUUUGAGCUGUUAAACUAACGGCACAUUCAGAAAGUAUUAUUCAGGCUCGUAUCAGUAUGUGUUCGAGUCCAGAAUACGGCUGCAUGCUCAUGACGAAUCUAGAACCCGGGACGCUUUGAUUAAGUUUUUACAUUUUAAUGGUUUUGCAUCAAGAACAGUGAAAGAUCGUGAUCGAAGUGGGCGGUGAUUGUUUUUUUUUGUUUUGUUUUUUGUGAGAUUCGAGGUCUCUGAGAUUUCGGCAACGGAGGGGGGACGUUAGUAUGCCUUCCGCUCUUCAGGGAAAUUCUGUGAAAUGCAAUUUAGUUGUCUGACUUGGAUUUAAAUGGGAACCAGGUUCCCUCAAAGCAAAGGCCUGUUCUGAAGGAGGAAGGUUCCACUUUGGGACUCGUUCUUCCAACCCUACGAAUGUAAAGAGAUGAUAAGUUAUUAAUAAAUUGCUAUUUUGUCUAUUCAAA